AUGCUUAUGAUGUUUCCGACGGUAUACGCUCCAUUAUUGAUUUUUCUAUCGGUAUUGAGGGCCGUAGGAGCUGAAACUACAGACCCUCUUUAUCUUAAUUUUCAUAACCUAUAUCUAGAUGAAUCUCUUUCAUUAACACCGCAAAAUAUGACAUGUCAUAAAAACUCAUCCAGCACAGAUAUUUCCAAUGGCCCAAAUUUGUUACUACCGUUUAAUAGAACAAGGAUUCCAUCAAGCUCGGGCUCUAUAUAUAUCCAAAAUUAUAUUAAAAAAUAUUAUAAAACUAAUUUAACAUCUCCUUGGAAUGUUGAAAUUGAUUCGUUCGUGGAGAAAAACCACACUUUUACAAAUUUAGCCUUUACAUUGGGUGGUGCAGCCAGCCAAUAUAUCGUAUUAGCAGCUCAUUAUGAUUCUAAAAUCGAGCCGGAAGGAUUUAUUGGUGGUAUUGAUAGUGCGACCCCUUGCGCUAUUUUAAUGUACAUUUCUAAGUUUAUGGACCAUUUUUACUUGAAUUCUUCUUCGAAUAUAGAUGCGAAUUUAGCAAAUAAAGAUAUCGGAUUAAAAAUAGUAUUCUUUGAUGGCGAGGAAGCUUUGAAGCAAUGGGGUCCUAAUGAUUCAAUUUAUGGCUCAAAACACCUUGCAAAAAGAUGGAUCAAUAAUGGAGUUAUGGAAAAAGUUAGCCUAUUCGUUCUUCUAGAUUUGCUUGGAAGUGCUGAUAAAUCAAUUAUCCCCAGUUAUUUUAGUUCCACAAACAGUAAUUAUAGAUUAUUAAAUGAUAUUGAAAAUGAGUUUAAUAGUCAAUUUAAGUCUUACAAUAACACUAAAUAUUUUAACCCACAGGAACUGAGAUUUCAAAAUUUUAACAGAAUCGUAAUUGAAGAUGAUCAUAUUCCAUUUGUAGAAAAUGACGUUAAUGUGCUACAUUUAAUCCCAGUUCCAUUUCCAAAAGUAUGGCAUACUAUUGAUGACAAUUUCCAUAAUUUGGAUCAGGAUAAUAUCAAAAAAUGGGCCAUUAUACUUACAAAGUUUACUUUAGAGUCAUUAAUGGGAAAUCCGGAUCAAACUUAUAAUUCUGCAUUUUCUAGUAGCAAUAAUACUUCAGAAUAA